AUGGCGCUUGCAGGCCCCUCCCACCUCCUGUCCUCCUCCUCAGCCUGCCUCCGCCGUCUCAACCCGCUGCUCUUCUUCGCCCACCGCCGCCCGGCGUGGACCCCGCGCCGCGCCGCCCACAGGUUCUGCGCAGCAGUUGCCUCUGAGAGGGAUGUGUUCACCUCCCCUGAAGUCGCCAAGUCGUUCGACUUCACCAGCGAGGAGCGGAUUUAUAAGUGGUGGGAAUCUCAAGGAUUCUUUAAGCCUAACUUCGACCGUGGAGGCGAUCCAUUUGUCAUUCCUAUGCCACCUGCAAAUGUGACUGGAUCAUUGCAUAUGGGUCAUGCUAUGUUUGUUACCCUUGAGGAUAUAAUGAUAAGGUAUUUCCGUAUGAACGGGAGGCCUGCACUUUGGAUACCUGGUACCGACCAUGCUGGGAUUGCAACUCAGUUAGUUGUGGAAAAGAUGUUAGCUGCUGAAGGCGUCAAAAUAGCAGAUCUUACCCGGGAGGAGUUCACUAAAAGAGUUUGGGAGUGGAAAGAGAAGUAUGGGAGUACAAUCACUAAUCAGAUUAAGCGGUUGGGUGCAUCUUGUGAUUGGACUCGUGAAUGCUUCACGCUAGAUGAUCAACUAAGUCAUGCAGUUGUUGAAGCAUUCAUUAGGCUUCACGAAAAAGGACUUAUAUAUCAAGGAUCUUAUUUGGUCAACUGGUCUCCUAACCUGCAGACUGCAGUAUCUGACUUAGAAGUUGAAUACUCUGAAGAACCUGGCUAUUUGUACUAUAUGAAGUAUCGUGUUGCUGGUGGAUCGAGGGAUGAUUUUAUGACUAUUGCGACAACACGACCUGAGACUCUAUUUGGUGAUGUUGCGAUUGCUGUUAACCCAGAGGAUGAGCGCUAUGCAAAAUAUGUUGGAAAAUUGGCUAUUGUACCCUUGACAUUUGGGAGACAUGUUCCUAUCAUUGCUGAUCGGUACGUUGAUCCAGAAUUCGGAACAGGGGUGCUGAAGAUUAGCCCUGGACAUGAUCAGAAUGAUUAUCAUAUUGCUCGAAAGCUUGGGCUGCCAAUUCUUAAUGUUAUGAACAAAGAUGGCACAUUAAAUGAUGUUGCUGGAUUAUACAGUGGUAUGGAUCGUUUUGAGGCACGAGAGAAGCUGUGGUCUGACCUUGUCGAGACUAACUUGGCGGUGAAGAAGGAACCCUAUACACUUAGAGUUCCCAGAUCUCAACGUGGUGGUGAAGUCAUAGAGCCCUUGAUUAGUAAGCAGUGGUUUGUCACAAUGGAGCCAUUGGCUGAAAGGGCCCUCCAUGCUGUUGAAAAAGGGCAACUCACUAUUCUUCCGGAGAGAUUUGAGAAGAUAUAUAAUAAUUGGUUAACAAAUAUAAAAGAUUGGUGUAUAAGUAGACAAUUGUGGUGGGGCCAUCGGAUACCAGUCUGGUACAUCGUUGGAAAGAAAUGUGAAGAAGACUAUGUUGUUGCCAGAAAUGCAGAGGAGGCACUUGCGAAAGCUCAGGAAAAAUAUGGAAAAUCAGUUGAAAUAUAUCAGGAUCCUGAUGUUCUCGAUACUUGGUUCUCAAGUGCUUUAUGGCCUUUCAGCACACUUGGUUGGCCAGAUGUGUCCAGGGAAGAUUUUAAGCAUUUUUAUCCUGCAACAGUCCUUGAGACCGGCCAUGACAUUUUAUUUUUCUGGGUUGCACGGAUGGUUAUGAUGGGAAUUGAGUUUACAGGAACAGUACCAUUUUCUUAUGUCUAUCUACAUGGUCUUAUCCGGGAUUCUGAGGGGCGGAAAAUGUCAAAGUCACUGGGGAAUGUUAUUGACCCCCUAGAUACCAUGAACGAGUACGGGACAGAUGCAUUGAGAUUUACACUUUGCAUGGGCACUGCCGGCCAGGACAUUAAUCUUUCUACAGAAAGGUUGACAUCAAAUAAGGCUUUCACCAACAAACUCUGGAAUGCAGGCAAAUUUUUGUUGCAGAAUUUGCCUGAAAGAAGUGAUGCUACUGCAUGGGAUAUCUUAUUAGCAAACAAGUUUGACACAGAAGCAGCGCUUCAGCAACUACCAUUGCCAGAAGGCUGGGUGGUUACAGGACUACAUGAACUUAUCGAUAAAGUCAGCAUAAGCUAUGAAAAGUUUUACUUUGGAGAUGCAGCUAGAGAAAUCUACGAUUUCUUUUGGAGCCAUUUUGCUGAUUGGUAUAUUGAAUCUAGUAAGACUCGUCUCUACCACUCUGGUGAUGGUUCAGCUACUAUUAUGGCACAAAGUGUUCUCUUGUAUGUGUUUGAAAACAUACUGAAGCUACUGCAUCCAUUCAUGCCCUUCGUCACUGAAGAAUUAUGGCAGGCAUUGCCGUACAGAAAGGAUGCACUUAUAGUUGCUCCCUGGCCUAGCACUGACCUCCCAAAGAACUUGUUGUCCAUCAAAAGAUUUCAAAAUUUGCAAUCGUUGAUAAGAGGAAUCAGAAAUGUCCGAGCAGAGUAUUCUGUCGAGCCAGCUAAACGGAUAUCAGCUUCUGUUGUUGCCACUGCGGAUGUCCUGGAGUACAUAUCGAAAGAGAAGCAGGUGCUUGCUUUGCUGUCAAAGCUUGACGCACAGAACAUAAAUUUGACUGAAUCACUACCGGGUGAUGCAAAUCAGUGUGUCCACAUUGUUGCUGAUGAGGGUCUGGAGGCAUACCUACCUUUGGCGGACAUGGUUGAUGUGUCAGCGGAAGUUGAGCGGCUCUCUAAGCGCCUCUCUAAGUUACAGACAGAGUAUGACACUUUGUUGGCCCGCCUCAGUUCCCCGAGCUUUGCAGAGAAGGCCCCGGAAAACAUUGUUCGUGGAGUUCGUGAGAAGGCAUCCGAGGCAGAGGAGAAGAUCUCCCUUACUAAGAACCGGCUUACUUUUCUGCAGUCAACAGUUUCCACAUAA